GUGUCAAGGCUGUAGUACCGGUUUUCAACGCGGAUCUCUACUGCCUCACAGACUUUUCGGCGUCUGGCCUCGGUAGCAUGAGCAACGGCGGCGUUUCGGCUUCGAGCAGGGUGUGGGGCACGGUGAAUGGACAAGAGGUUUACCGCAUUGACCUCGACACGACCGAAGGCUUCGGUGUAAGCUUCACCACGUACGGGGCAACUCUACUGUCUGUGCGCUCCGGGGACAGGGAUGGCGCAAUAGAAGAGGUGACCCUGCAGCACGACACGUUGGAGGGGGUGGUGGCCGGAGACGCGUACUACGGCUCAACAGUCGGACGAGUCUGCAACCGCAUCGUGGGAGCCUCGUUUUCGGUGGAUGGCGAGGUGAUUUCGGUGGACGCCAACAACGGACCCCACUGCCUGCACGGCGGCGCCAAAGGAUUCGACAAGGCGGUCUGGCGACACGAAGUUUUCCACACCUCGGACGGCAUCGGCGUUAGGUUCGAGUACGACAGCCCGGACGGGGAAGGGGGCUUUCCGGGCGCGCUUGCUACAAAGGUGACCUACUCCGUCAAGCGGGGGUCAGAGCGUGGGACCGGGGAGCUGCACACAGCAAUGGAGGCGGAGUACGUUACCGACGACGACGGUGGGAAAGAGAAGAACAGAGGCCCGACCCCUGUGAACCUGACAAACCACGCCUACUGGAAUCUGAGUGGGGAUCGGAAGCGUUCGGUUCGGGACCACGAGUUAAUGAUGCGCUGUGACCGGUACCUGCCCCUCGACGAACAGCCGGUUCGAGUUCCGACCGGAGAGAUCAUGCCGGUUCUUGGAACACCCUUCGAUUUCACCCAGGGGGCGUCGCUCGGCGCCGCCAUCGAUGGCGUCGGGGGAAACCCCCCGGGUGUGGACAAUUGCUUGGUGCGAGUCGGAACUUCUGACGGCGGCCGAGCUGCGGCGACAUCUGGCGGCAAGAACGGGGAAGACGGGGAGGGUCUGCCCCUGAUUGGACGCCUAAGCGAGGCCGAGAGCGGGCGUGUGAUGGAGGUUUUCGGCUCUCAACCGUGCGCCCAGGUCUAUACCUCCAACUAUCUUUCCACAGAUCCCGCCGACAGGCCCCACGCGCGGCACUACGCCGUGUGUUUGGAAACCCAGCACUUCCCCGCCGCGGUCAACCACGAGGGUUGGAUGGAAUCGGUCCUGCUGAAGCCCGGGGAAAAGUACCUGGAGAGGACAAGACACGUCUUCACCGUGCAGGGUAGAUCGUAGUUCCGUCGAAGCGCGGGCUUCGAACAUCGACGGCAGAGCGUGCUGUAGAUCACGAGUGCCCGAGGCUGUGUGUACCUUUGUCACCGUCGAUGGCGUGCGUGGGGUGGAUCAGUCCACUACUUCUGUGGAAGUGUUUUGAGAUGACUCGGGCCUGCAAAGCGUAAGCUUUGACUGUAGAGUUCGUACACGGGUCCCGCAUUGCCACGCGACUGGUUCCUUUGGAGUAAUAAAAUCAGUCGUGCUCCUGCUACAGUGGAGCGCUUUGAAAGGUGCACAUCGCAAGAGGUUGGGAGCUUGUGCUUAAACCAGGGUUAUUGCCGGUUGGAGCCAUCAGCUCGGUGUGACGUUGGUUAAGCCUCCGGUUCUCCAACUAUCUUUUGUUUGCGUCAAGUGGAGGGAUGUUGUGUCAUCAUGUCGUUUGUUGUUGUGGCUACUGAAAAGGUGUCACGCGCAUGCAUGUUGUCAUGCGAACAAGCACAGCUAGAUGCUCAGGUGUCUAUUUGUCCGAGUUGCCUUGCCCGCCCAUACCUAUUUUGGAACCCUAGGGCCACAAGGUACAAUAUCAAAGUUGCCGUAGCAUGGGGACACCAUGAGUGUGUCACAUGAGGAACGCCUUUGCUUCUUUGGGACGUC